CGGUGUAAAAUUCACAGAACGCGUGUUUGGCGGGAGGUAUUUUCAGCCGGGACCCCCCCGCUCCGCAGCGGCUCUGAUGUGCGCGACGUGCCGGUCCGGCUGCUCUGGCUCGGGGUGCGAGGGGGAUACAGGUUAAGAAUGUUGUUAAGUGCAGAGCAAGUCGCCCUUGUAGGGAAUGUAUUUGAGCUGUACGUUAAGGAGCACCACAAGAACCAUAUUGUCCGCAUCCUGGAGGAGUGUGAGGAAGAUGGCCAUCGCUCAGUCGUUGUGAACGCCAUGACCCUUUUCGAAGCCAAUAUGGAGGUCGGAGAGUACUUCAACGCUUUCCCCAGGGAGGUGCUGCAGGUCUUUGACAAUGCUUUACAGAGAGCUGCUGUGUCGAUCUCACAGUCUGCCUCCCAGCAGAGGAACUGCGAAAUGAAGCUGAACCUUCACACAAGGAUAUCAGGAUUACCUGUUUGCCCUGAGCUGACGAGGGAUCGCAUCCCAAAAUCGCGGGAUGUGGGGCACUUCCUUUCCGUCACGGGAACGGUCAUCCGUACCAGCGUCACCAAGGUGCUGGAGUUUGAGAGGGACUACAUGUGCAACAAGUGCAAGCACGUCUUUGUGGUCAAGGCUGACUUUGAGCAGUUUUAUACUUUCAGUCCCCCGACUUGUUGUCCAAAUGAAGAAGGCUGCAACUCCUUCAAGUUCACCUGCCUGUCUGCUCAUUCCUCAGUCCCAGCCAGGUGCAGGGACUACCAGGAAAUCAAGAUUCAGGAGCAGGCCCAGAGGUUAUCUGUGGGAAGUAUUCCUCGCUCGAUGUUGGUUGUGCUGGAGGAUGAUUUGGUUGAUGCUUGUAAAUCCGGCGAUGAUGUCACAGUGUAUGGCAUUGUGAUGCAGCGGUGGAAGCCACUUUAUCAGAAUUCACGAUGUGAACUGGAAAUAGUGUUAAAGGGCAACUUCAUUGAAGUCAACAAUGAACAGUCUACAGCAGCAGUUGUUACUGAGGAUGUCCAAAAGGAAUUUAAAGAGUUCUGGGAGAAAUAUAAAAACAACCCUUUAGCAGGCAGGAAUCAGAUUCUGAUGAGCCUCUGUCCCCAAGUGUUUGGAAUGUAUGUUGUCAAGCUCGCGGUUGCCAUGGUGUUGUCAGGCGGGGUGCAAAGAGUUGAUGCAUCAGGGACCAAAGUCAGAGGUGAAUCCCAUCUCCUGUUAGUUGGAGACCCAGGGACUGGGAAGUCACAGUUUCUGAAGUAUGCUGCUAAGAUCACACCUCGGUCUAUCCUUACAGCAGGGAUAGGCUCAACAAACGCAGGGCUGACAGUGGCGGCAGUGAAGGACUCGGGCGAGUGGCACCUCGAGGCUGGUGCCUUGGUGCUGUCCGAUGGAGGGCUGUGCUGCAUCGAUGAGUUCAACAGCAUCAAAGAACAUGACAGGACCAGCAUCCACGAGGCCAUGGAGCAGCAGAGCAUCAGUGUCGCCAAAGCGGGUUUAGUGUGCAAGCUGAACACCAGAACGACCAUCCUCGCAGCUACUAACCCUAAAGGGCAGUACGACCCCAAUGUGUCCUUGUCUGUGAACAUUGCUUUAGCUAGUCCACUGCUCAGCCGCUUUGACCUGGUUCUGGUCCUGCAGGACACCAAAGUCGAAGAGUGGGAUCGCACCAUCUCUUCCUUCAUUCUGGAAAACAAAGGUGCGCCCACUGUAUCCGACACAUUGUGGACCCUCGAGAAGAUGAAGAGCUACUUCUGUUUCAUCAAGAUCUUGCAGCCCAGAAUGUCGGACGAAGCCAACGCUGUUCUCGUGCGAUACUACCAGCUGCAGCGUCAGAGCAACAGCAGGAACGCAGCCAGGACCACCAUUAGGAUGUUAGAAAGCCUGAGCCGCUUAGCAGAAGCUCAUGCCCGGUUGAUGUUUAGGGACACUGUCACAGUGGAGGACGCAGUUACCGUCAUUUCCGUCAUGGAAUGUUCCAUGCAGGGAGGGUCUCUUCUGAGCAAUAUAAAUGCCUUGCACACAUCUUUUCCUGAUGACCCCUGUGAGCAGUAUCGCAUGCAGUGUGAAAUUAUGCUUGAAAUGCUGGGGUUAAAGCACCUUCUCAACAAGGAACUGGAAAGGCUCCAUCGGCUGAAAAGUAGCUGUAAACUUUCUUCUAAAGAAGCAGAAACGUCUCCCAGGCCAAAAGCACAAUGCACUGCCGAUUCCAGAACAGAACGAUUGGACCAGGAUGUAGAAUUGUUGCCAUCGGCUCAGAGUGGGCUGCUGACAAACGCUGACUCUGAAAAUGCACCCGAGUGGUUCCAUGCCCUUUCUGGUGAACACAGCAAGGAAGCAGGUUUGCACCUGUCCCUGCCUGAGAAAUCACCUGAGCUCUGUGACAAGCCCUACCGAACCAGCAGACCAAGUGACAGUGCCACUGUGCCAGACAGCACAGGCAGCUGCGUUGCUCCAGUCUCAUUUAGUUCUGUUAUGGAUGAGCCGGAUUCUGUGGUUGUUGAAAAAGUGUCCAGAAAUUUUCAUAGCGAGCGGAUCAAAAAAAGGAAAGGUGAUGUUGUGGGUGUGGAAAACCCAAAAGAGAAGAGAGGAAAUUUGACAUCAUGUAAUCUUGACUGGAGUGAGCAAACUGCCUCUGGAUUAGAGCUCGAGUUCUGUGCAGAUAACCUCCUCUCACACAGCACACCUGUGGCAGUGAAAAGGCGUCCUUCCUCUGUAAGGAAGAGAAACGUAGCUCAGAGAGACCUUUCCGAAGACCAGCCCAAACCUCAUGCUGACGAGGUCUCCGGUUCUGUGCGGGAAAAACUGAGCUGUUUUGCAUUCCAGUCCAGAAGGAGACCAGUUCAUUCAGUCUGUGACAGGGGUGCGAUUGGCCUGUCUGCUGCACAGGACGAUUUCCCAGUGACAGGAGAGUUAAGAGAGUCUGAAACACAGAGGGUCUCUUCUGAGCAAUAUAAAUGCCUUGCACACAUCUUUUCCUGAUGACCCCUGUGAGCAGUUUCGCACAGUAUGAAAUUAUCCUUGAAAUGCUGGGGUUAAAGCACCUUCUCAACAAGGAACUGGAAAGAAAUGUAAUAUUAAUCAUUUCAGAGUCGCUGAUGUUAAUAUUUCCAAUUUAAUCUUUUUCUUGUGUAACAUUUCUGACACUAUGAAAAUGAAUUCCCUCAGUAUAUAACUGAUGUACACCCCCUGAAGACCAGAGCUUUAGAAUGAUUGUGAUUCUGUAUGAAUGGUUUUGAGUCUCCUGUUUAGAAAAUCAAGUAUUUAAACUUAGCAAAGGCAAACUUUGUUGGAGUUUUAGGUAAAUUUAUAAGAGUUCCAAUUUAUAAAAGGAAAAAGGCUUUUUUUUUUUGCUUGGUACCAUCUUUAAAAAAAUAACUGAAGAAUUUAAAUGAAAAGCACUGGCAGGAAUAGCACAGCAUGCUCUGGCAGUUUCAGGAAGUUUAUUAUUAAUAAAGGCAUCUUUCAUUAGUAAAAAUAGAUAUUCCUGUCCAGUUUUACCUUGUGUCUGCUGACAUGGUUCUGGAUAUAAAGGCGCAGGGCUGUCUGAAGGGUCAUUUUUUUCC